UCGUGGUCUGUGACAAAGACGAGUGGUGGUCAACUGAAUCGAGCCGUAGAGAAUCGGGUCUGGGAAAGAGAAGAGAAGAUGAGCAUUGUACCUAAGGAAACGAUUGAGGUUAUAGCACAAAGUGUUGGGAUUACCAACUUGUUACCUGAGGCUGCUCUUAUGCUUGCUCCUGAUGUUGAGUAUCGUGUUCGAGAGAUCAUGCAGGAAGCUAUCAAAUGCAUGCGUCACUCAAAGAGAACGACUUUAACAGCGUCGGAUGUAGAUGGUGCUCUCAACUUAAGGAACCUUGAGCCGAUAUAUGGCUUUGCCUCAGGAGGACCAUUUCGUUUCAGAAAAGCUAUUGGGCAUCGGGAUUUGUUCUACACUGAUGACAGAGAGGUGGAUUUUAAAGAUGUGAUCGAAGCCCCACUACCAAAAGCUCCCCUUGAUACUGAAGUUGUCUGUCACUGGCUGGCUAUUGAAGGAGUGCAGCCAGCAAUACCAGAAAAUGCUCCUUUAGAAGUCAUUAGAGCACCUGCAGAAAACAAAAUCCAUGAGCAAAAGGAUGGACCUCUUAUUGACGUUAGGUUACCAGUGAAGCAUGUACUAUCUAGGGAACUUCAGUUAUACUUCCAAAAGAUUGCUGAACUAGCAAUGAGCAAGUCAAAUCCUGCUCUGUUUAAGGAGGCAUUAGUGAGUUUGGCCUCAGACUCAGGACUUCAUCCUCUAGUUCCAUAUUUUACAAAUUUCAUUGCUGAUGAGGUUUCACGUGGUUUGAAUGACUUCCUACUCCUGUUUAAUCUAAUGCACAUUGUUAGAAGUCUUCUACAGAACUCUCAUAUACACAUAGAACCUUAUCUGCACCAGUUGAUGCCAUCUGUUGUAACAUGCCUUGUAUCGAGAAAGCUUGGAAAUAGAUUUGCAGACAACCAUUGGGAACUUAGAGAUUUUACAGCGAAUCUGGUGGCACUGAUAUGUAAAAGGUUUGGAAACAUUUACCAUACUCUUCAGUCUCGUCUUACGAAAACUUUAGUCAAUGCACUUUUGGACCCGAAGAAGGCAUUGACUCAGCACUAUGGUGCAAUUCAAGGAUUAGCAGCUUUGGGACACAAUGUCGUACACCUUCUUAUUCUGUCAAAUCUCGAACCGUAUCUAAGACUUCUCGAACCAGAAUUGGAUGCUGAGAAGCAAAAGAACCAGAUGAAGAGCUACGAAGCAUGGCGUGUGUAUGGAGCCUUGCUGCGUGCUACAGGCCUGUGUAUACAUGACCGGCUUAAAAUGUUCCCAAAUUUACCAUCUCCUUCACCAAGUUUCCUCCAUAAGGGUAAGGGGAAAAUAAUCAAUACUGAGCUUCGUAAGCGGAAGAUGAGUGUAGAUUCUUCAGAAACUCGUUCACCGCAGAAAAGGUUGAUAACUGCAGAUGGUUUACAAUCGCAAGAUCACACCGGUCCAGCUCCAAUGCAAGUAGACAAACCGAACGAAAAUGAGAAUCCGCCACAAAACUCUGUUCAACCAUCCUCAUCAGAACAAGCCUCUGAUCGUAACGAAUCUGGAAGCAGAAACGCAAAGGAGAACGGUGGUGGCAAGGGUCGGGAUAUCACCACGAAAGCAAAACUCGAUCAGAUUUGGAAGGGUGAUCUUGAUUCGGGACGGCUGUUGGUGAAACUGCACCAACUCUAUGGUGAUAGGAUUCUUCCCUUUAUACCUUGUACAGAGAUGUCACUAUUCCUCUAA